UAAUACGCUGCAGGGGCCGUCUGAAAAUGCGGAAGUGGAGUUUUUAAGCUUAAAAAACAUAGCGCGUUGCUCGUUGUUAGCUCGUUUUUUUAAUCGUUAACUGAUUUAGAUAAAAGGUUUAAAGUUAAAAAUGUGUAAUGGCUGUGUACAUAAAGAGUAUCCGGACCGGGGGAACACCUGUCUGGAGAAUGGUUCCUACCUGAUGAACUACCUGUGCUGUGCCAGCUGCCAUCAGAGGGACUUUGUACUGAUCAGUAACAAAGCCACAGCGGACGAGGACGGAGAGGAGAUCAUCACAUACGACCAUGUUUGUAAAAACUGUGACCACGUCAUCGCCAGACAUGAAUAUACAUUCUCUGUUGUCGAUGAAUAUCAGGAGUACACGAUGCUCUGUAUGCUGUGUGGAAAGGCAGAGGAUUCCAUCAGUGUGUUACCGGAUGACCCCAGACAGUCUGCUCUUUUUUAAGCCUUGAAUGACACCAAACCUGCAGGUCAUCGCUCGCAUUUUACUUCAACUAACACCAACGGUGACGUGCUGUUGGCUCCUCACCUCAGGUCCCAACCAUUUGUAUGGUCCAUUCACAAUUUAAGCACAUAUCCUGCAUUACUGGUAUAGCAGUUGGGCAGAAAAUAUGGCUCAAAUUACUUGUACUCUGUAUGUUACUGACUGAAUUGUAAAUAAAAAUGUUAUCUUGCCUCUUGGA